AUGGUGAGCGUAGGAGUAAGCGUAACAGCAGCAAUGGUUGCAUGUCUGUUCUUAGAAGUGGGAUUGAACACCUUAAUAAAGGCAGCAAACACCAAUGGAAUGAGUAAUUACGUUUUCAUUGUGUACUCAAACCUGCUGGCUCUUUGCUUCCUUCUACCAUCUACAUUUUUCUACUACAGGAAGAGAGUUCCUCCAAAAAUCCCAAGCUCAAUUCUUUUCAGAAUGUUUCUUCUUAGCUGUCUCAGUACUGCAGUGCAGACGUUGAAGUACAAUGGUAUUGAAUAUAGCUCUCCCACCCUAUCCUCAGCUAUGGAUGACCUUAUCCCUGCUUUUACCUUCAUACUUGCCGUUCUUUCCAGGAUGGAAAAUCUUAAUCUAAAAUUACAUAGCAGCCAGGCAAAAAUUAUUGGCACAGUGGUCUCCAUUGCAGGGGCAUUAAUCGUGACUUUAUAUAAAGGAAUAGCAUUAACUAGCAAUUCCUUGCGAAAUAUAGUAUUGGGUGAAAGUGGAACAUACCUCUCAGUGCAACCAGCCUGGGUAUUUGGUGGUUUUCUUCUUGCAACUGCUAGCUUUUGUCUUUCAAAUUUGCUUGUUGUCCAGACUUGGCUUAUCAAGGACUAUCCUGAAGAGCUAUUGGUGACAACCAUUUGUUGCAGCUUGGUGGUAACGCUAUCUGCCAUAGUAGCUUUAGUUGCAGAGGGAAAUCCAAGAGCUUGGAUACUUAGGUUUGAUAAAGAGUUGAUAGCUGUAUGCUAUUCAGCAAUUUUUAUGAUAUCAAUCCGAAGUGUUGCGGUCGCAUGGGCAUGUCGUAAGAAGGGACCAAUUUAUGUAGCUAUGUUCAAUCCUUUAGGAAUGGUCAUUGCAAUUGGCAUGGGAGUAAUUUUUCUGGGGGACAGUCUUUACCUUGGAAGCAUGAUUGGAGCUGCUAUAAUAGCUAUGGGAUUUUAUGCUGUGAUGUGGGCGCAGGCUCAAGAGGAAAAUAUGGUACAUACGAAUCAGAACCGUGAUUUUGCCUCAUCUUCUUCAGCUCCUCUGUUGGUUACCAGAACCAUGGAUGUGUAG